AGAGCAGUUAUAAACUCGUUUCCAGGUAAGAGCUCGCCAAUUUCAGUCCAACAGCUUUAGCAGCAGAGAGUACGAGCCAAAGAGUUUUCAAAGUUCAUCGGCAAGGAAGUUGUGAAGAAGCCAGAAUCUGGGGAAGAGGACGAGCAUUGCAAUCAUUGACUUUGGCUCAUUUGCCUUGGGUAAAGCUGAACCCUCAGACAAUGAAAUGAAACGAUUAUCCACAGAGUUCAUGAGGGAAUUAAAUAAAAAUGGAUUUGUUUACCUCAAAAACACUGGGAUAAAAGAAGAGCAGGUGUUUAGGGCAAUAGACAUUUGCAGAAAGUUCUUUCUACUUCCUAAGGAGAUUAAGCAAAAAUAUGCCCAUUCAAAAGACACUGAAGUGCCACACCAUGGCUGGUAUGAUUUUGAGACAGAGAGUUUAAAUUCAGAAAAUCUCAAUGACCUGAAAGAAGCCUUUAAUUUAUCAGCGUUGACUUCAAAUGAUAGAUGGCCUAUCAAAGAGGUCCCUGAGUUUUCAAAUUGUUUGGAGUCAUUGUUCAGAACCUGUGAGGAACUAUCCACCCAAAUUUUGAAAGUUCUGGCGCUGAGCCUGGAUGUGGAGACUGAUUUCUUUGUCUGCAGGCACCAAGAGAUGGGCAAUAAAGCAAAUCCGACAACCUUGAGAGCUGCAUACUACCCACCAAUACAGAAAUACUCUCUGAAGGGAAAUCAGACACGAUGUGGAGAACAUUCUGAUUAUGGAACAUUCACUCUACUUUUUCAAGAUAAAAGUGGAGGAUUGGAGGUUAAGUCCAGGUCUGGCCAAUAUAUCACUGUUCCCUACAUUCCAAAUACAGUUCUUUUCAACAUCGCCAAUAUUCUGCAGAGGUGGACAUCUGACAGGUGGAUUUCCACAAAACAUCGAGUACCAAUUCCGCAGACUGAAGACGCAAUGAACAGGACCAGACAGUCCCUGGCUUUCUUUGUUCUUCCAGCUAAUGAUACAACAGUCGCAUGUUGUGAUGGACUGGACAAGUACCCACCGGUCACUUCUAUCCGGUACCUAAAGGAUAAACACAGUGAUAUGUUUUACUAGGAAUCCUAUCCUUCUAGUGCUUGAAUGGGAUAGUGACAAAUAGACAUCCAUGCAGCUUUUGAAAUUGCAGAAAAUUAAACAGUAUAGUUUCUUAUCAAAACAUUAAUGCAUGAAUUCUGCACAUUUUACUGGCAUAUUAGGACAAUAGUGUCCACAUGUACAGGGCUUAUCUCUUGUCAAACUUCUGAUUUAUUUAGUGUUUGGGUUCAGAAGAUGACGGACAUAUUCACCAGACCCAAUGACUUUCUGAAAUUUCCUGGUCACAACACACACUGCUUAGUAUUCCUCAACAAAAUUGCCAAAUUUUUCAGAGUUUACAGCAAGAUGACCUAAUGUUAUGGUCUAAACCAUCCAGUGUUCUUGUUACCAGCUUUCACAUCCACUGACAUCACUUAGCAAUGUACUAUUUUUUCAUUGAGCAAAUGCUCACUUAUCUGUUCUGACCCUAAAUAAUACCAGAGCUGUGAAAAGUCAGCAGGAUUUCAAAUCAAUCAUCAAGGAGAAGCCAGAAGCUUCAAGAGGGUUUCAAAUAUAUUUUAAAAAUAAACCAUUAUAGUCAGCUUCUGCCACCAUUUCUUUGUUUGCUCCAAAUUAUCACCAAAUUGGUUGGUGGUUCGUAGGGCCAUUAUUAUUUCAAUAGGAUAUUGUGUGGAUAUUCAAUCAUUAUGUGGAUAAUAUUCAUAAGAUUGACUUGGUGCAGCAUCACAGCAUGAGCCUGGCUUUUUGGUGACUGUUCAGUCGGAAAGUGGUUGACUUAUUGAAUGGCAAGAAAUUCAAUACAGUCGCAUUCUGUGACAGUCACUGGAUUGAACAAUCCUGAUCAAAAUAAUGGAAGAUCAAGAUAAAGUGAAGCAUUUUCAAAAAGUUAUAUUCAAACGUGCAAAAUUUUCCAAAUAUCUAGAAAUUUAUUUCCCUCUUUCUCAUAAAACCACAUGUAUUUGUACUGUUUGUUAGUACAUAAUUGAUUUAAAAUGUUGAAAUAGCUCACGUAGACUCACACUUAACCAUGUUUUUAUCACGUAGGACAGCAAAAGCAAAAGGCUUUGCAUUUAUAUACUAGAACAUAUCUUUUAUUCCAAGAACACAUCUGCCUUAAAGUCACUUGCAAUAUCAAAAACAAUUUACAGCACACAAAGCUCCCACAAACAAUUGUACGAGUAUCUAUUUUCAGUGAGGUUGAUUGAGGGAACAAUUCUGCUUUCUCUUUGAAAUAGAGCCUCUGAACCUCUUAGAGAUUCGAAAGGACUCAGGUUUCUUGUAUCAUUUGAAAGACCUUUGGCAAUAUCACACUCCCUCAGUGCCACACUGAGUCAUUGGAGUUUUGUGUUCUGUAAGUGUGAUGGGCUGUGAACACACACCUUCUGAUUAAGGAGUGUGUGCUGACAAAUGACCUAUGGCAGACACUGAUUGAAAGGACAGUGAUCACAGUGGCCAGGCAAAUUUUAAGCCCCAAGAUGCAAUGCAGUAGAUCGAUUUGUAUGUAACAAUAUGCAUACAGGGAAGUAAGGAUAUUGAAUAAAGUUGACAUUAUAUU